UCAAACCACACCGCAGCCAGGCUACAUGCUUGACAACUACAGACAGAGAGACAGAGAGAGGUAGGGAGUAGGACGUCCACAGAGAAAAAAAGAGCGUUUGCGGCUCACUCUCUUGUAUUCAAUGGACUGAGCACCCCCUUCAACAGAAUUUGGAGCUGAUCCUCCUUAUCAUCCUAUACUGCCGUGCAGCACUGUUCUGAGAACAGGGACAGACGGUCACUGUUCCUAAGUGACAAGACAAAGACUUUGACUUAAAACAGAGGAAGUUUGGUUUACCCACUCUUGUUCCAUACAGCCUCAGCCAUGGCAGAUAACACUAUAGACGAGUCUGAUUACUACCCUGGGAAGGAUGAUCUGAACUGGGGAUAUCAAGAAGUGGGUAAAGAACAUAAAGAAGGUGUAGAGUGGGGUUUGUUGUUCCCCGAUGCGAAUGGGGAGUACCAGUCUCCUAUCAACCUAAACUCCCGGGAGGCUUGUUAUGACCCCUCGCUGCUGGAUGUUGGGCUCAUGCCCAAUUAUGUGGUGUGUCGGGACUGCGAAGUCAUUAAUGAUGGACACACCGUACGAAUCAUGCUGAGGUCCAAAUCAGUGGUUACCGGCGGCCCCUUGCCAAGUUACCAUGAAUUUGAGCUGCAUGAAGUGCGCUUCCACUGGGGCAAAGAGAACCAGCGCGGCUCAGAACACACAGUUAACUUUAAAGCCUUUCCUAUGGAGCUCCACCUGAUACACUGGAACUCAACACUGUUUAACAGUCUGGAGGAUGCCCUGGGGAAGAAGAAUGGAGUUCUCAUCAUCGCUCUGUUUGUACAGAUAGGGAAGGAACAUUUGGGCUUAAAGGCCAUAACAGAAGUGCUGCAGGACCUACAAUACAAGGGGAAGACAAAGAUAAUACCAUGCUUUAACCCCAACACACUCCUUCCUGACCCCCUUCUGAGAGAUUACUGGGUGUAUGAAGGGUCCCUGACCACACCACCAUGUAGUGAGAAAGUCACCUGGAUACUUUACCGUUACCCACUUACCAUCUCACAAAUACAGAUAGAGGAGUUCAGGAGGCUGAGGUCCCAUUUAAAAGGAGCUGAGUUACCUGAGGGAAACGAUGGUAUGCUGGGGGACAACUUCCGCCCCACUCAGCCCCUCAGUGACAGGACAGUCCGGGCUGCCUUCCAGUGACACCCCAUCCAUCCUCCAUGGGGAGAGUCCAUCAUAACUUGUUGUUUUACAGUGAAAUGAGAGAAGGCGGAGGAAGAAACAGCACAUCUGAAUAGGCUUGAUGUUAUGUUACAUUGGAUCACCUGAACUCGGACGGAGCUCACAAUGGGACCAUUUUACUCUGUGCGUUGAUGAAGGCAGCGCCGAAAUACCAACCAACUGGCUUCAUGUGACCUGGAACAAAGCUAUCAGCUGUGCCAAGAAGGAUCCACGCUCCAGAAGGAGAGUCUUAUUGACUCUGUUCCAGUGUAGACACUUGCCAACUAUUGUGAGAGAAAGAAUCAAUGGAUAGGGGAACCGCAUGGUUGGGUAGUUCAUUUUCAAAAAAUAAUCUGUUACAGUUAUUACUUGUCAAAAAUGUUUAUCCAUAGCGUUACUUUUGGAAUUCACAAAUGCGGUAACGUAAUCUGAUUACUUUCAGUUUCUUUGGAAGGAAUUUCUCUGUAAGAGUGAUUUGACGAAGGGAACAAGGAUCCAUAAAUUGCAUUUUUUAUGUCAUCAUUCCUCAUAUGGUCUCUGUGACUAGCUCUGGUGGAAACAACCAAAACUCCUCUUUACUCAAUAUUGAGUUACAUGUCAAUCAGAUAGGUAUCACCGCGCUUUUCUGAAGUAACUUUAAUCGGAGUAAAACAAUCUGAGUAUGUUUCCUUUUUAGACAUUACAUGUAAUCCAUUACAUUCCACCCCGGAUUGUAUAGGCAUUCUUAGUGGUUGGUAGUGUGGCUAUAGUUUAUUGCUUUGUUUGGCUACAUGUAUACAGUAUAUGCAUGCUUCAUUACUGUCCACAUUAUAUAAUAUUUAAAUGAGACAAAGUUAUGAAGUUUAUAGUUAAUAAGUAGAUUUACUCUUAUGAACAAGAACCUGCCAUAAGACUUUCCGAAAUGUAAAGAAAUAUACAGUACAUGUAAUGUUUUUAGAGCUGUAUCUCAGAAUAUAAUAUAUACAAAAACAGUGCUUGACUUAGGAUAGAAUAAGUGCAGGAAUGUACAAAUCACACAUUGGACUAUGUUCAUGAAAAUGCAUGUGUUAAAAAUGGUCUAUAAAAGGAACUGGAAUGUUCUGGACCUUUCUGGCCUAAAUCAACCACUGCAAAAAACAAUGCAAUUCAUUAUAAUAUAUUGUAGAUGUGCAGGUCAUGUUUGCUGACAAUAAUUUAAGAUGUCUCUUACUGUAGACCAAUAUUUGUUAGGGUACAUUGCUUUUGUAAAUUUUUGGCUCCUGUUCAUAAAUUUUGGCUUAUCUGACAGUAAGAUUGAUACUAGAUGUUUAGGCUACAGUACUGGCCUUGUAAAAAAGAAAGUUAAAUCAAGCAGUACAACAGAUUCUAUGAAAAGGAAGGAAUGAGAGUUGUGAAUUUUGUUCUGAUGCUUUUAGAUGUUUUAAGAUAAUCUGGAUCAUGUACGGAGUAAUUUUUAGAUUAGAUUUGAUGACAGUAAUGAAAACAAGAUGACUUCAUGCAAAGAAACAAUGAAGACUUAAAAAUGUUUAGUAUAAAAUAUAAUACCUUUGUUACUGGUGUUAUUUAAACCAUAUAAUGUCCUCUAAAAAAAGAUCACUAGAAUUCAAGAUGGAUACAUUUAAUUAGUGGCAUUACUCAAUGGGAAAUGUACAGGAGUUUUUUGGUACAAAUGUGUAGUUGCAAAAAAAGAUUUGGUUAACACUCUUAAGUUGACACUUAUUACUAUGUAACUGCUAUGUAAAUACAUAUUAACAACAAUGGAAUACAACAGGUAUUAUGUUGCAAUUAUAAUAACAAAGCUGCAAGCAGCAUUUAGCAGGUUUCAGCAUUGAAGCUACUACUAGCCAGAUUGCAAUUUGUUCCCCAGUUUAUAUCAAUUAUUGCAAGCAAUAAAACAUCUAUGUUUUGUU